AUGAUUUCAGAAUACCACAUGGUUCAUUACUGGUGCCAUUCUUGUCGCUGUACAUAUUUACAAGAUUCAGACUGUUCGAGCUUCCAAUGUGCAAGGUGCCAUUCAGAGCUCGUUGAAGAAAUCCCUCAAAAUGAGGCUCAUCCAAGCAACUUUGUGCCUGACUUGGAUGCACAAAAUUUAAGAUUGCACAAUGAAAAUGCAGGAAGAAGUGAGAGGAUGAUAGAAAAUAGGAAUAUUGUUAUUAAUAAUAGGAUUCCGCUGCAGCCUGAAGUGAUUUUUUAUGCUGCUUUUGUGGAUGAAGGCCAGAGCUUUAACGACCUUAUUAAUUUGAUCACAAGACUAACCCAAGAAAGGCAAGGGUUGGUGCCUGCCAAUGAAGCUACUAUAAAUUCAUUGCCUGUUCUCCGAGGAUCGGAGGUUUCAGGAGAAUGCUCGAUUUGUCAAGAAUCGUUUAAGCCUAACGAACAAGCAAGAAAAAUGCCUUGUGGGCAUAAUUUCCUUAUCUUUAAAAAGUUAGCAGGCCAUAAAUAAAUACAUAAAUAAUUGCCUUUAACUAGAUAAAAAUGACCUUCUGCUGAGAACUUUUCUAUAAUAAUUAACUUUUCCAUAAUUUCCACAAUGGCUGCCUGGUGAGAUGGCUACAAAUCCGUAACUCUUGCCCGACCUGCAGGACUUCUACAGACCACCACAACUCUUCUAGUUCUUGUAUUUAA